CUAUUGGACACAUUCUGAUAGAUCCCGCCCCAUUUGAUUCUGUUUAAGAAACGUUUUGCAACAGAAUUGGCGAAAUUAAUACGCUCCAGUACGGUAUGUUUAGAAACUUUGUGACUUCCCGGUGAAAACAGAUUUGUUUGACGCUGUUUGUUGUUCUGGUCUAUCACCUUGAGCCAACUCUCACAAGCGGCCACCACAAAAGUUUUCGAUUGAGCUGCACAGAUUGAAGGAAACAGGCCUAUCUCUAGGUGGCGAUGGGUUCUAUGUUCCGCAGUGAGGAGGUGUGCCUGGUGCAGCUCUUCCUCCAGUCUGGUUCAGCCUACAACUGUGUCAGUGAACUGGGAGAACUGGGCCUGGUCGAGUUCAGAGAUUUGAACCCCAAUGUCAACUCCUUCCAGAGGAAGUUUGUGGGGGAGGUGAGACGAUGUGAGGAACUGGAGAAAACCUUCUCGUUCCUGGAGCAGGAGAUCAAUCGGUCUCUGUGGCCCCCCCUCCAUGGCCCCCUCCCUUCCCCCUGCCCGACACCCUCAGCCCCCCAGCCCAGAGACCUACUCACCAUUGAGGAAGAGAGUGAGAGGCUGGCCAGGGAGCUCAAAGAGGUGUCCAGGAACAGAGACAGUCUCAGAGCCCAGAUGACCCAGCUCAGCCAAUACAAAGGGGUUCUCACCCAGACCCACUCCCUCACCUCCUCACAGGGUUCGCCGCCUCCACUGGAAACAGUAGGCAUAUUGGAGCCUAACCGACAGGACGUCCACCUCAGUUUUGUGGCCGGUGUGGUCCACCCCUGGAAAGUCCCUUCGUUCGAGCGGUUGCUAUGGCGAGCAUGCCGUGGUUACAUCAUCGUGGACUUCAGAGAGAUGGAGGAGCAACUAGAGCUUCCUGUCACGGGGGAGAUGCAGUGGACGGUGUUCCUCAUAUCCUACUGGGGAGAUCAGAUCGGACAGAAGGUCAAGAAGAUCUGUGAUUGCUUCCACACACAGACGUUUGUGUACCCCGACAGCCCCACGGAGAGAGAGGAGAUUCUCCAGGGACUGCAGGGCAGAAUUGAAGACAUCAAAUCUGUCCUGUCCCAGACAGAGCACUACCUCCAGCAGCUGUUGGUGCGUGCUGUAGCCGUGCUGCCCCAGUGGAAGGUGCGGGUCCAGAAGUCUAAGGCUGUCCAGGCUGUGCUGAACCUCUGCAGCCCCUCCGUCACCGACAAGUGUCUGAUCGCUGAGGCCUGGUGUCCCGUCAGCAAGCUGCCUGAACUACAGAGUGCCCUGAGAGAAGGAGGGAGGAAGAGUGGCAGUGGGAUGGACUCGUUCUACAACCGCCUCCCAUGCUCCACCCCUCCUCCCACCCUGUUCCCUACCAACUCCUUCACGGCCGGCUUCCAGAGCAUCGUAGAGGCUUAUGGAGUGGCCAGUUACCGUGAGGUUAACCCAGCCGUGUACACCAUCAUCACGUUCCCCUUCCUGUUUGCGGUGAUGUUUGGGGACGUGGGUCACGGCCUGCUGAUGUUCCUGGCUGCCCUCUGGAUGGUCCUGGAGGAGAAGGACCCCAAACUCAGGAACAACACCAAUGAGAUCUGGAGGAUGAUGUUUGGAGGACGCUAUCUGAUCCUGUUGAUGGGACUGUUCUCUGUCUACACUGGGGCCAUCUACAAUGAGUGUUUCAGUAGAGGACUCAGCCCCUUCAGCUCCGGCUGGCACGUACGACCCAUGUUCGAGAGCGGAGAGUGGAGUACAACAACUCUUAAAGAGAACAACUUCCUGUCCCUGGACCCUAACAUCACUGGGGUUUUUACAGGACCCUAUCCUUUUGGCAUCGACCCGAUCUGGGGUCUGUCCAACAACCACCUGACGUUCCUCAACUCCUACAAGAUGAAGAUGUCCGUCAUCAUCGGGGUGAUCCACAUGACCUUCGGAGUCUGUCUGUCCUUCUUCAACUACAAACACUUUAACCAGUUGAGCAGUGUAUUCCUGGUACUGAUCCCAGAGCUGUUCUUCAUGCUGUGUCUGUUUGGUUACCUGGUCUUCAUGGUCAUCUUCAAGUGGCUGGCCUUUGACACGGCCCACUCUAACUCCACCCCCAGCAUCCUCAUCCACUUCAUAGACAUGUUCCUAUUCACAGUGAACAAGGAAAACCCGCCCCUCUACAAAGGACAGAUUGUGGUGCAGAAGGUCCUUGUGGUGCUGGCGCUGUGUUCUGUUCCAGUCCUACUGCUGGGGAAACCCAUCCAUCAAUACAUCACCCACAAGAGGAACCACUGGCACAUGGCAGGAGAGAGCCGCCCCCUGUUAGAUGAGAACAAUUCCAUCAACGCUCAUCAGGGAGAGGUGGAGACGGGGAGUCACAGAGAGGAGGAGUUUGAUGCUGCUGAUGUGUUCAUGCACCAGGCCAUCCACACCAUAGAGUACUGUCUAGGCUGCAUCUCCAACACAGCCUCUUACCUACGACUGUGGGCCCUGAGUCUUGCACAUGCACAGCUGUCAGAGGUGCUCUGGGUGAUGGUGAUGCGUAUCGCCCUAAACGGGCAAGGCUACGUGGGAUCUGUGGUCCUGUUUGUAGUCUUUUCCUUCUUUGCUGUGCUGACAGUCUCCAUCCUCCUGGUCAUGGAGGGCCUGUCUGCCUUCCUGCAUGCCUUGCGUCUGCACUGGGUGGAGUUCCAGAAUAAGUUCUACAGCGGAACAGGCUACAAGCUGAACCCUUUCGCCUUCUCUUCCCUAAUCCACGCCUCGUCGGCUAUGUGAUCAAUUUAUUGACCGUUUUAAAUAUGUUUGAAUAAUUAACAACCAUUUGGCAAUCAGUCACUUGCUCUGCACCUAUCGCUCCCCCGCACAUUUGAGAAUGAUUGCUCUCUUUUUUAUUGAAAGCUUGGUGUUUUGAAGAACUUGUUCAAUGUCCAAGAAUGCAUUGAGGACUUUGCACUGUGUUAUUGAUUAUGUGCCCAUUUCAGCAUGCAUGUUGUGUGAUCAGAAUAUCUGUUGUUCCUUCUAUGGACUGACCAUGUGUUGCUUCCAGUAAUGUACAUUUUAGAUAAUAAAUGUUUUUUAUCAUUCACAUUCUCUUAGUUUAUCAUUCUAAGCAUGAUUUGAAAACUGUAAUAUCUUCAUAGUGUUGUUUGGUUGAAUAACUCAGGAAAUGGUUGGUAUUGACUUUCACACAUGAUGAAAGUGAUCUCAAAGUCUGUAAAGAUAAAGGACACCAGUUGUCUUAACACAUCUGGUCUGAAAGACAAAGUAGACAUGAUGGCUGUGCUGCUUUUGUUAUUGGUAAUGUGAGCGACCCUUUAUGGUACUCAACACCUCCAGUUUCUUAUGUCGUAUUUGGACACGGUUAACGAUUAUGGAAAGGAAACUUGUCAACCAUGUCAUUCACAUUGUCUGAUAUGAGCAGAGAACCAUCUGAAUGAAUAUCAAUGUUUUUCCAAAGAUAAAGUUGAUUUGUGUGCCUUUGAGCCCAUCUAGUUUUCAUGUUUGUAAUCAGGCCUUAUCUGUUCAUUAGUCAUUGAGACUGAUCAUGGAACAUAUUCAAGCUUUUGAACAACUGUUAGUCUGCCGCAUUCUCUGUAUCCUGGUUCACAUCAUGCUGUCUUAGUUUAUCACACUGAUAGUAAAAACAAUGGCUGAAAUGAAAUUAAAGCUGUUUUUUUUUCUUACA